AAGAAAACCGCUGUAAAAGAAUGGGAUUUUUUGGUUGUCAAAAAUGACAUUUAUCUGCCAUCCUUCAAAAUAAAAUUUUGUUAUUCUCCUAUCUCGGUCCGCUUAGGUUAAAAAAAAUUAAAAAUGGCAAAUGCUGCACGAAGAGACGUAGCACCUUUUCUUCAGAGACUUCGAGCCUUUCUGCUCGGUCGUGAACACACAGUAGCUGUUCGCUUUGAAGAUGGUCUUGCUGACCGAACACAACCUCCUCCAGAUGUACCCGGUGGCCCAGCUCAUAUCCUUUCUGCCAAUUAUUAUUGCAACCGUGAUCCACGUCGCGAAGUAGCCCCUCCAAUUGAUCUUGUGAAACAGAGUUUGAUUGCUGGAGGUGAGUCUGGAAGUAAGACUUCUGCUAAGCUACCAACACCUGGUAAAGUAUAUCAAUGGGACUAAAAAUUAUUGUUAAAUAGUUUCUUUGAUUAAAAUUAAUUAAUGGAUUAAAACAA